AGUAAGGAGCACGUAAAAUGUCUCUCGACGUGUGCGUGCCGUGUAUAAAGCCGUGUCUCUCCAGCUUGGUUUUUACUCUCGCCCGCGAUUGGCAUUGCACGGUCGUUGCGACCUUACAUAUGUAAAUUAUUACCGCACAAAUGCCGCUUGACAGAUUCGCUCUCAUAGUACGUAACACUCGUGCACUCGACUAGUUAACACUCGUGCUUCGAUCGAAGACGGGCGCGUAAUAAUCUGGUCCAUUCGUGACUUUGGACUUUCGCGCAUUUAACUCUUUGAUAAUCUUUUGUGGCUACGUUAAUAAUACAUUGUAGUUAGGAUUUCUCAUCAGGAUUACUGGAUAAGCAAUUGUAUAAUUCGCGAGGAGACAAUGCAAAGUAGCGGUAACUUGAAUCGUUUCAGCGAUGAUGAUUUCUUCAGUGAUGGACCAUGUCCAUCGUGCAGAUUGGCUAUCAACAAGGAAACUGGUAGACUCAAAUGGUGUACUGGCGGAAAUGAAGCGCGGCGUUUUCGUGUCAAACUAAUGCUCCUUAUACCUGCCGUGUUGCUGCCAAUUACCAUAGUAUUUAUCGCUUUGUCGCGAUUUCAAGCCACAACCACCAGAGUCUCCGACUCACGCGCAGGUUCUGUUUAUGAGAUGGGGAAACAUGGCAAAGAAAAAAUCGAGGAUGACAUCUUUUGGCCUACCAAUCGCAACAACGUAGAACGCAUGGUAGAAGAGACCGAAGAAGAGGACCGACUUUUGCUUCCCGAUAUGAAAACGAGUUAUGUGCCUCUAGACACGCAUCCUCCAUUUCGAUCGCCCCACCGACGCAAAAGAGACAUCGACGGGGAGAAUCACACGAGGGAUGGUUUCGAAUUGGACGAUCGAGCGAUGUCCUCGUCUCGUGCACAUGCUCGUUUAGCUAACGGUAAAUUGGCAGAUUCUCUUUCGAAGGAAGAGUCAGAUAGGAAAAAUAAUAUAGCGGGAAGAACCUUCUUGGCUUCAGACAACAUGAAGUCAUACGCCGACAAAAUCAAGGUGAAGAAUGGCGAUACGAUCGAAAGCAACGCGCGGGACACCGAGGAAAAUAAUUUCUUAGGCAAUUACAAUCCGGAAGAAGAGGUUGACGAUACUUAUGAGAUUGGUGGAACCAAGUAUUCGCGGACAGGUAUCAAGAAACGAUCGAAGGAAGAAUCUGUGAGGAGGAAGGAAGGAGAGAAAGACACGUACUCUAUUUCCAUCAAUGAAACGUGGUUGUCAGUGACCGACGGAGGAGACAGUGCAACGAUUGGGGACGAAAUACCUGAUCUUCGUACAUUCUGGAAAGGUGAAGAAAACGUUAGGAGCAUCAGAGAGGCUCGAGCUCGAAUAAUGCUGAAAUACAUGGACAAGGGCGUGGAUCCGUGUCAGGAUUUUUAUCAGUACGCUUGUGGUAAUUGGGCGAAACGCAAUCCUAUUCCAAAAGACAAAGCCGGUUACGAUACUUUCGAGAUGCUGAGGGAAUCAUUGGAUUCUGUACUGAGGGAAUUGCUAGAGGAUCCAAUACCGCAUGACGCUAAUCAGAUAGAUGUCGAUGAUGCUACAAUAAAGGCGAAACAUUUGUUUCAGAGCUGUAUGAAUUACGUAUGGAUGUGGCUAGAGAUCUUGAAGCAACGUAUGGAACGACCGCUCAUCCAGCUUUUGGAUCAACUUGGUGGUUGGCCGAUUUUAAGGCCAGAUUGGAAUCCAGACAAAUUCGAUUGGCUUCUCUUGACCGCGCAACUUCGACUGUACAAUAAUGACAUAUUAAUCUCAGAAUGGGUGGGUCCAGAUAUUAAAAAUAGCAACAAAUACGUGAUACAGUUUGAUCAAACGUCACUCGGGCUGCCCACGAGAGAUUAUUUCCUUCAGCCGUCUAAUGCGAUUUACCUCGAGGCCUACAAGGAUUACUUGGUGAGAAUCGCAAUCUUACUCGGUGCAUCCUUAGAUAAUGCGACUGUUGAUGCCGAAGAGCUGAUUGAAUUUGAAAGGCAACUCGCGUCUAUUACAUCGUCACCAGACGAAAGACGAAAUAUUUCCGAGCUUUAUCAACGAAUGAGUAUAGGUGAACUGAGAGCACUCGUGCCGCAAAUUGAUUGGCGUCGUUAUUUGUCGAUCGUUUUGGCUCGACCGAUACAUUUUUCUGAACCAAUUGUCGUCUUUGCAUUGCAAUACAUACAAGAUUUGGUCGUUUUACUUUCAAAAACACCACCUAGAACAGUGGCAAAUUAUCUUUUAUGGAGAUUUGUACGACACAGAGUCAACAACUUGGACGACCGUUUUCAAGAGGUAAAACAAAAAUUUUACUACAUUCUAUUCGGUAGAGAACAAGCGCCAUCAAGAUGGAAAAACUGCGUAACCCAAGUCAAUUCUAAUAUGGAUAUGGCCGUUGGUUCAAUGUUUGUCAGAAAGUAUUUCGACGAAAACAGUAAAAACGAUACAUUAUCGAUGACUCGAGAGAUACAGCGAUCCUUCAGAGAGUUGCUAGAUAAAACCAAUUGGAUCGAUGACGAAACGAAGCGCUUGGCGUCUGAAAAAGUAAAUGCCAUGUCAUUGAGAAUCGGUUAUCCAGAUUUUAUCCUACAGUCACAUCUAUUGAACGAGCGUUACAAAGAUGUUGUGAUUCAACCAGACAAAUAUUUUGAGAACACUUUAAAUAUUUUGCAACAUUUAACCAAAGUCGAACAAGCUCGUCUUGGUAACGCUGUCAAUAAAACUUUGUGGAACACUGCUCCAGCAGUCGUUAACGCUUACUAUAGUCGCAACAAAAAUCAGAUAAUGUUUCCAGCGGGCAUAUUACAGCCUCCUUUUUAUCACAGAUUUUUUCCACGUAGUUUAAAUUAUGGUGGGAUUGGUGUCGUGAUCGGACACGAAAUUACCCAUGGAUUUGAUGAUAAGGGCAGAUUGUUUGACAAAGAUGGAAAUCUCCACAGGUGGUGGAAAGAUGAAGCGAUCGAUGGUUUUCACCGGCGGGCACAAUGUCUCAUUGAUCAAUACGCACGUUAUACUGUCAUGGAAGUUGGAAUGCAGAUUGACGGUGUUAAUACGCAAGGGGAAAAUAUUGCUGAUAAUGGUGGCAUUAAACAGGCAUUUCGAGCAUAUGAGAGAUGGUUACGUUCGAACGAAAGGGAAGACGAGACCUUACCCGGAAUGAGUGCAACAGCCAAACAAUUAUUUUUCCUGAACUUUGCUCAAGUGUGGUGUGGUUCAAUGCGUCCUGAAGCGACGAGAAAUAAACUGAAAACAGCUCUACAUUCACCCGGUAGAUUUCGAGUGAUCGGCACGCUUUCCAAUUCAAAAGACUUUGCUGAGGUAUUUAAUUGUCCUCCUGGUUCCCCCAUGAAUCCUGUGAGCAAAUGCUCAGUGUGGUAAAAUGUGAACAUGCACGAUAUAUAAUUGUAUACAUAUUGCGAUACAAUUUAUCCCGAUUAGAAUAACUUACUUGUUAUUGAAUGCAAUUUAUGCUGAAGUGUACCUAAUAUUUCUUUAAAAAAUAACAAGGAGAAAGACAUAGAUUUUUAAAAAUAUUUGUCCUAUGAAUAUAGGGUUUGUUUUGGAUGAACGCUUCUGCACAUUUAAAACAUUUAUUAUCGAGAAGGAAAGAAGAGGGGCCAAAUGUGAAUUUGCAAUGUGCAUGUUUUUUUUUACAGAACGUCGAAUUAAAAAAUGUCAAUAAAUAUAAGCAGUCAUAAUCAUAGAAAUUGUUGUAGUGGUUUUACGUAUAAAUCUUUACUUAUAAAUCCUAAUCUUUUAAACUAAUUUUACAACCAAUCUCGAAAUUGUACUUUGUUUAAAAUCAAUAAAGCUUGCUAUAUUUUUAUAAAA